CUCUCGCUCUUUCUCUAGUUGCCAGCAGGACUCAGGAGGACUCCACUUGCGGAAACAGGCGAACAUCGUUUCUAACAUACGCUGGAUGUGGCGGUCCUAACACCGAGGACGCCAACUAUUUUAUCUUAUAGGGACAUAGUAGCUUUGAAUAAUUCAUUGUCGGUGGCAUUCAUGAAAUAACUUCAAAUUCAUAGCAGGAUAAAUAAUGAUUUCACCGUGGGACCGGUGGUACUCGACGAGCUGCUGCCUUUGCUGCCAUGUACGGACGGGCACCAUUAUUCUGGGAAUAUGGUAUAUGCUCAUCAAUGCGGUGGUCCUACUCAUCUUGUUGUCGGCUCUCAAUGACCCAGUUCAAUACCGCUACCACCUUACCAGCUCUGAGCUGGGAACUGACAUUGAUGUCAUGGACGAUGCAAAUAUCUGCAUAGCCACUGCAAUAUCCCUGCUCAUGAUUCUCAUAUGUGGCAUGGCGACAUAUGGUGCUUACAAGCAACAUGCUGCUUGGAUCAUUCCAUUCUUCUGCUACCAAAUCUUCGACUUUGCCCUUAACACACUGGUAGCCAUUAGUGUGGUCGUUUAUCCCAACACGGUGCAGGACUACCUCCAGCAGCUGCCGGGGACAUUCCCUUACAAAGAGGACAUCAUGUCCACCAACAACAUGUGCCUAGUUUUUGCAGUUCUCCUCUUCAUUGGCUGCAUCCUCUCCUUCAAGGCCUACCUGAUUGGCUGUGUGUGGAACUGCUACAGAUAUGUGAGCGGCAGGGGCACCACGGAGGUUCUGGUUUAUGUCACAACCAAUGACACCACGCUCAAUGAGUUGACACCUCUUAAUGUACAAGGUUCUGCUGCCACCAUACGAGGAGGCCAUCGCCAUACCGCCGAAGGAGCCCCCUCCCCAGUAUAUGGAGGCAUGAGAGACGUCCUUGAUCCUGGACCCCAUACCCCAAACACCUACCACAUCUCCCUCCAACGCUGCCUGGAAGAUGUUGAAAAACAAGACAAAACAAUGUCUUAAAGGCUGGUUUCAUCGUGGAUACAUGCCAACCUUAGAUUAGAUAAGACUGACCCUGAGCCAACACCCCCCCCCCCCCCACACCACCACCACCACCACCACCACCACCACCACCCUCCUGGUUGUUGUGACGUGUUUUCCUCCCCUCUCGUUUCCUCUGUCCUCCUCCAAGGACAGUAUCGCAGCAACUCCAACCGCUACCAACCAGCCCUCUUGGCAGCUGGUGUCCCCUGGCAGCAUCUAAACUCUUGCACGCCCUGAACACUCUGUCCCAACUUAAUUUGCACUUUUCUUUGAGUAAAACGUGCACCGGUUUGGCCACCAACUGUUAACCCCCAAUACUGUGAAUCUCCCUCGUGGUCUUUGUCUAGAAACAAACUACCUGAAGAGAGAUAGUGACAGAGAGCGCGAGAAGGAAUGCGACAUACAUGAUCAGUUAUGCAAGAGCACUUUUUUUCCAAAAUUGACAAAUUCCUUCAUUGAAUGUAACGUUGAGGUAUUUUUGUAUGACUUUUUUGUAUAACUGAAAACUGAGAGAUAAGAAGUGAAUAGUGAAAGGCUGUUCUGUUGUGAUAUCAUCUAAGUACUGAUGUGGCUUGUCCUGCAGGUAAUCGUAUUGAAAAAGGUUCCUCGACCAAUAACAACCACGUCUUCCUUUUGUAUCCAUGUAACACACGGUCUGUAAUCCUGUAAUCCAUUGACUGCUAGUGAAAAACCAUGUUCACCCAUUGAUUUUCAAACACAAUAUUCCAGUUUGCCUUCCUGUCCAAUUCCUGUCUGAUCCAAGAUCUCAAAAGCUAAGAAAGAUGUACUCAUCCAGUGAAGCACACAUACAUAGAUGUUUCACACACUACAGAUUAAAAAGGCAAUACACAUUC